UUCUGUAUCAUCGAGAUAUAUCAAUAAAAAAAGGCUAUAUCUGCGGAAUUUCCUCAAGAUUGCAACAAUGGCGGGGGCAAAAUCAGAUGCACACGUGGCGGUAAUGCCAAGCCCUGGCAUGGGACACCUCAUCCCGGCGGUCGAGCUCGCCAAACGGCUCGUCCACCGCCACGGGUGCACCGUGACCUUCGUCAUCGCCGGCGAAGGUCCGCCUUCAAAGGCCCAGAGGGCCGUCCUCGAGUCUCUAUCUCCGUCGAUCGCCGCCGCUUUCCUCCCCCCCGUCGAUUUAACCGAUCUUCCUCCAACGGCGCGAAUCGAGACUCGGAUCUCACUCACCGUGGUUCGCUCCAACCCGGAGCUCCGCCGUCUGCUCCAUUCGUUCAAAGCGGAGGGACGCCUUCCAGCGGCUCUCAUCGUUGAUCUGUUUGGCACGGACGCCUUUGACGCAGCCGCUGAGUUCAACGUGUCGCCGUACAUAUUCUACACAUCGACCGCUAACGUCUUGUCGCUUUUCCUUCAUUUGCCGAGACUAGAUGAAGUCAUACCGGGCGAAUAUCGGGACUUGACCGAACCGGUUCAUCUCCCGGGUUGCGUCCCGGUUUCUGGUAGGGAUCUCGUCGACCCAGUUCAAGACCGGAAGGACGAGGCGUACAAAUUGCUACUCCACAACACCAAGAGAUACAAAGAAGCCCAAGGCAUUUUAGUGAAUACUUUCAUAGAGCUAGAACCAAACGCUAUAAAAUCCAUCCAAGAACCAGCUCCCGAUAAGCCAACUAUUUACCCGGUCGGACCGUUGGUUAACAUGGGUUCGUCGGACCCUAACCGGACCGACGAGUCAGAAUGUCUAAAAUGGCUGGGUAACCAACCGCUCGCUUCGGUUUUAUACAUCUCAUUCGGAAGCGGAGGAACACUCACUUGCGAACAGCUCAACGAACUGGCUCUUGGUCUAGAGAAGAGCGUUCAACGUUUCUUGUGGGUUAUACGGAGUCCAAGUAGUUCGGCAAACUCGUCCUUUUUCGAUUCACAUAACCAAAAUGACCCCUUGUCAUUUUUGCCGACCGGAUUCUUGGGCCGGACCAGAGACAGGGGUAUGGUGGUCCCUUCAUGGGCCCCACAAGUCCAAAUACUGGCCCACCCAUCUACGGGCGGAUUCUUGACGCACUGCGGAUGGAACUCGACACUAGAAAGCGUAGUGAACGGUGUGCCGCUCAUAGCAUGGCCGUUGUACGCAGAGCAGAAGAUGAACGCUUUGUUGCUGACGGAUGAAAUCAAAGUGGCAUUGAGGCCUCGGCCGAGAAGCGAUGGGAUAACAGGGAAAGAGGAGAUAGGGAGAGUGGUGAAGGUACUGAUAGAAGGGGGAGAAGGUAAAGAGAUGAGGAAGAGAAUGAAAAUUUUGCAGGAAGCUGCUCGUAGGGUCUUGAGGGACGAUGGGUCCUCCGCAAGGGCAUUUGGUGAAGUGGCCUCCAAGUGGAAGGCCCAUCAAAUGGAGUUAGAUGGAACCCAUUAAAUGUUCUUGUGGAAUUUUAGUUUUUGCUUAUUCGAUCUGAAUAAUUGUCAGUCCAAACAUAUCUGUGUUGCUUUUGUUUACCGAAAUCACAGUCCAAACAUAUAGUGGUUGGGCGUUUGAAUAUUGCAAUGGCUGUGUUUUUUUUUGGGGUCGGCAUC